CUUCUCCUCCCCGUCCCCAGACCUUGCCCCCAGCCAGCACUGCCCGAUCCCACGUUUCAUCCGCAAGUUCCCCUCACAGAAAUCAAACCUCUCAUAGCUUGGACGUCAACUCCCACUGUUCUAACUCUUAUCGCCAUGUCUUCCAACACCUCUGUUUCGCCACCCCCUGUCGAGGUCACCGUCGAGCCCUCUGUGACCAAAGCCAAGGCUAAGAAGCCGGCUUCCAAGUCUACCACCAAGAAGUCCUCUACUAAGGCCGCAAAGGUUGUCAACACCUCUGGUCAUCCUUCUUGGAAGGAUAUCAUCAAGGAAUGUAUUGUUGCUCACAAGGAAGAUUCUCGUAGUGGUGUCUCCCGUAGCACCAUCAAGAAGUUCGCCGAGGAGACGUACAAGAUCGAGGUCACCGGCAACACACUUUACCAGCUGAACCGUGCCAUCACCACUGGUGCCGAGCAGGGUGUCUUUGCCUUGCCCAAGGGCCCUUCUGGCAAGGUUAAGCUCGCUCCCAAGGCGAAGCCAGCGGCUGAGAGUGGAAAGGAGAACGAUACGCCUGCCGCCGCAAAGAAAGCCGCCCCCGUGAAGAAGGCGGCGAAGCCUGUGAAAAAGGCUGAAGCUCCUCCUAAAAAGGUUGCCGCCGCGAAGAAGCCCGCCGCUACCACCAAGAAGCCCACUACUACCAAGAAGGUUGAUGCCGCUCCCAAGAAGGCUAAGUCUACCGCCGCUCCUAAGAAAGCCACUACGGGCGCAUCUGCUAAGAAGCCUGCGGCCAAAUCGGCAACGGCAACCAAGAAGGUGCCGAGUGCAAAGACCACAGAAAAGAAGAAGGCUGCUGCUAAGACUGCUGCAACGAAGGCAAAGGCAAAGCCUGCAUCGAAGGCAAAGCCCGCCUCUAAGCCAGCUUCGAGGUCGAAGAAGGCUACAACAGCAUGAUUUAUGCACGAUACCUCCCUUCACUAGACUUCCUUUCUGCUCUGAUCUCUUGGUGUGCCAUUAGCUAUACUGUGUAUCUUCCGGACAUAUACAUUACUCUGUACUUUUAUCAAUUAACAUAUUUAGUCUCCUUGUGGUUUCAGGCUCUGAAAUAUCAUCUGUUCACCUCGUCUGCCG